AUGUCUGCUGCACUUCUCUUUGAACAGAAGCUCAAAGCCUUAGAGAGCUUGUCGGCUUGUGAUGUGUCUGAUGCAUUAUUAAAACUACAAAAAACCCCUGCUGGUAGCCAACUAAGAGCAGGGCAAUUGGCCGACAUCAGUGAGCGGAAAUUCUACCUUCCAAAGGCUCGGUACCCUGUAUCCCCGUUCAUUGGCCGCCAAGGAGGCAAAUCAAAGAUUAUUGCUCCAGCAGUCACCUUCCAAUUCGUACCAAAAACUGGACCUACGCCAGAAGCUGCAGAUCCUGAAACGAACGGAUUUCCCCCAGGAAAGCAUUGGGUCGAUUGGAACCAGCCCGGUACCAUUGCCGUGCUCAAUCAACCGGCCGGUCAGUACUGUGCUGUUCUCGGUGGAAUCAUGGCGGCAAGAAUGUCGUUUCUCGGUGUCAAGGCUGUUGUCGUGAAUGGCAGGGUAAGAGACUUGGCGGAAUUGAGUGCCACGGGACUACAUGUAUGGUCAAAAGCAACAUCGACCGUAGGCACUGGAGCUGAGGCGAAAGCUGGCCUACGAAAUGUCCCCAUCGACUUCAAUGGUGUGACUGUUAAUACAGGUGACAUUGUCUUCUGUGACCCGCUCGAAGGUGUCGUUGUCAUACCACAAGACUUACUUGACGACGUAUUGGAACUAUCUCCAAAGCUUAUAGCUCAGGACGAUAAAGUGAAAGCUGAUGUUGAGAAGGGUCUCUCGGUCUUCGAGGCAAUGAAGAAGCACCGUAAUAUCGUCUAA